UAGUUUUGGUGGUGAUGUCUCUUCCACUUUGACACUCUUCACGCAGCCUUACUUUCCUCACACUUCAACUUCCCCUUCAUCAAUUCGAGUUGCGAAGUUUCCACUUCAUUAGCGUUUUUUCCAUCCACCGUAAUCAGAAUGAAGGCAGUCGAAAUUCCACACCUUCGCAAGACCAAGACGUCGAGUCAACUCAUCGUCAAUGGCAAGCCCUUUCUCAUGCUCAGCGCCGAGCUGCACAACUCCACACUCAGCUCCGCCAAGUACAUGGCGGACGAUAAGAUAUGGCAGAACAUGAGGGACAUGCAUAUCAAUACACUGCUAGGUUCGAUAUCCUGGGAGCAAGUCGAGCCUGAGGAGGGGAACUUCGAUUUUUCAAACCUCGAUGCCGUCAUCCUGGCAGCUCGCGAGCACAACAUGAAGCUUGUCUUGCUAUGGUUUGGCAGCUUCAAGAACGCACUUUCGACAUAUGUGCCAGCCUGGGUGAAGAAGGACGUCAAACGCUUCCCAAGAGCGCACACAAUCGAGGCGGGGAACAGGAAGCGAACAUUGGAGCUCCUCAGCCCCUUCUCAGAGAACAGCUGGACGGCAGACGCUAAGGCUUUCGCAAAGCUGAUGGGGCAUCUGAAGGAGUUCGAUGGUCAACACAGCACUGUGCUGAUGGUGCAAGUCGAGAACGAGACUGGACUGCUCGGCGACUUCAGAGACCGAUCCAAGGUCGCGGAGAAGAAGUACAGCGAGGCGGUACCGAAGGACCUGCUCGAGCAUUUGCAAACCAAUUAUGCAGACCUGCAUCCUGAAUUUACCAAGCGCUUUCCAGAGAUUAAAACCGCAACCGUUGGCUCGUCCUGGAAGGAUGUCUUCGGCUCAAAGGACGAAGUCAAUGCCGAGGAGAUAUUCAUGGCCGACGCCUUCUCGAAGUAUAUCCACCAUGUUGCGUCGGCGGGCAAGGCCGAAUACUCAAUCCCGCUUUACGUCAAUGUCUGGCUGAACUUUGACAUUCCUGGAGACCUCGAUCUUGCCGAAGUCGAUGUUGUAGUUGGUGGAGGUGCCAAAGCUGGUAUCUACCCCUCCGGUGGUCCUUGCCCUCACACAACGGAUGUAUACAAAUUCAACGCACCCAGUCUCGACUUCAUUUCACCCGAUUUAUACUUUCAUGACUACGAGCAGACCUGCAUCAACUACAGACAUGGGAACCAGCCUCUGUUCAUUCCGGAGCAGAGACGAGACGAGUACGGUAUCAGGCGGGUAUGGCUCGCAUAUGGAACAUACCUUGCACUGGGCUGCUCUCCGUUCGGCAUAGAUUCCCUCUCUGCAGCAGAGUCGCCUGCGACGAAGCACUACCGCCUCAUUCACUCGCUCAGGAACCAGAUCCUCGAAGCACAGGCAGAGCGACCGGAAGACAUGUUUGGCUUCUUCUUCGAUGACUUUGUGGAGGGCCAGAAGAUUGCGGAGAAGCCUUGGACAAAGAUAAUAGCUGGGUAUGAGGUCAUUGUUGAGCGCGCUUUCGUUUUCGGCAAGGCUGGCCCAGGUGCUGGUAUCGUGAUUCACCAGGGUGAUGGCAAGUUCCUGUGUGCUGGUUGGGGUUUUAACCUUUCUUUCAAGAGCACAAACCCCAAGUCGACAUUCACCGGCAUACUGCACGCUGAAGAGAAAGAGGUCAAUGCGGAGACCGGUGAGCUGAGCACGUUGAAGGUCCUGGGUGGUGAUGAGACAAGAAGUGGCGAGUUCCUGAUCAUGCCGAACGAGGAUCCAGACUAUGGUGGUUUCCCGAUCGCUGUAACCAUCCCCGCUCGAACAUGCAUCGCCGAGUGCUGGGCUUACAGUCUGGAGGAAACUGAAGAUGAUUAUUAGGAUUGUUAUUAGAAAUAGGGUGUUGCAGUUGCAGGUCGCAAAUCAAGAUUUUCCAACCUCGCCAGCAACCUGUCCAGAUUUACGCUGGCUUGUAGAGUGCGUCCGUGUGAGCCCGUCCGUAACUCGUCCAGUAGUGCGCUUCCGAUGUCGCGGAUUUUGGGUAUGAUGCUGUAACCAUUUGCAUCGAAAACUUCUGUUGGCAUAUGAUACAGGAUAUCGAGCAGCUCAUCGACCACACGGUGUCUUUCUUCAAUGAUGGCGUGAGGUGUAAUCAAGAGGCCCUCCACUUUAGCGA